GUGGAAUUUCAUUUUUUUGUUUUGUUUUCUUUUGUUUUCUUUUUUAAAAAGUUUAUUAUUAAUUCCCCAUCGCCGAUUGGUGUGUCGAGCGCUAGAUGGCAGCACGUGCAACGUAGUCUGCUACUGCGACGUGUGACUGGGAGAGACUGAGAAAGAAAAGGCGAGAGCCAAAGAAAAACACCCACACACGCAGCCGUGGUCGGUCGGGGUUGUUGGUCGUCAGUUGUUGUUUUGUUUUCAUCCUUCACCCACAAAAAAACAAACCAAAUCACUCCCGACACUUUUUGCGUCGCCCCAGUGGUGCGUGCUGCCCUGUUUGCGUUGGCUCGGCUGUUUUUCCCGUCUGUCUGUGACUCUUGUGUGUGCCACUGCCACUGCCACUGCCACCACCACUAUCUGUGCCAAGACGAACUGCGUCGGUCUCACAACACACAACACAUUUCGGGGCUCUUUGGGAUUGUGUGACGCAAUCGCCCCAAUCUCAGUCGUCAAGCGCACUUGGUCCUUGCAGUGAAAUCGCUCGUGUCUGAUUGUUGUUGUUGUUGUGUCUCGCUGACUUUUUCCCUUACACUCUCGUUUCCUCGUGCGAAAAGAGUCGUCCAAAAAGUCACUGACAACAUUGAAAGGCUCCCCCCUAAUCGUCGGACGCUGGUGAACAAACCAAAUCAGCCAGCCAUCCAGCCAGAGCAGCAGCAGCGAGCAACAACAACAAUUGAAAGAAUUUCGGUUUUGUGUUUGCCCAUUUUGGUGGACGGUCGAAUGUUGUGCGUCAUCGUUGUUGUAAGACAAAAGAGCCACGGCCGCGCUGUAGUGAAUGUCGGUUCUAUCUCUCUGGCUAGCUGGCGACUGGAUCCCGUUGAAUCGAAAGCAGGUCAGGUGUAAUUGCCGUGUCUUGUGUGAAAACAACAGCCCCCAUUCCACUGUCGUUCGGUUAAGUGACGUCGUUGUUGUUGUUGUUGUUGUACGAGAGAGAGAAUUCCAAGGACAACACGCACAGACAGAGUUGCAGCUUUAGCCAUUUCAACCCCCCUACACAUUUUCCUCUGCCGCAUUCUGCUGCUGCUGGACAACAUUUUCCCAGUUUGAAAAUGUUACAUUAGUUACGACCAGCUCGUGUAAUCUUUCGUCAUUGAAACUUUUUCUUUUUUUUUCACCCCGAAAUUGAGAUGUCGUCAUUCUUCUCCAAACUUCCGGUUGGAUAGGGUUCCUCUGGGAUUUUCUCACGCGAUUGCCAACUUAACAUUUUUAGCCAGCAAUAUCAUCGUCAACAGUGCAACGUCAUUUUUGUUUCAUUCUAAACCAAAAAAAGGACAAUUUUUGUUUUUUGAAUCUCAUAAAAAAGAACCGGGUCAUUUUCCAAUGUUGACGCGAAGCAACUGCUGUAACAGGAUCCGAGACCAACAUUGGUGUGGGUGGGCCAGUCACCCUUUCUUUCAGUUUUUCACCCCUUCUUCUACUAUACUAUAUAACGUGAUACGCGAUACUGCUACUACUCCACUACUACCGCACCAAACUGGCUGUCUUUUUCUCUCUUCAAGUUUCUUAUUCAUUUUUCUAAUUUUUUUCUGUUUUCUUUCUCUUUGCAGCGCAUUAAAGGAGCUGAGCGAAGUCGAAAUUGAAGGAUCGCUAUUACAAAUCGAAUCGGCCAUGGAGUCGAGACGCGGUAGCUCCCGGGGAGGAGCCGGAGGAGGUGGCGGCGGCGGCGGUGGCGGCGGUGGCGGAGCCGGAGGAAGCGGAUCGGGACGAUCACGCUCCGGCCCUGGAUCGCAAACCAUGUCCUUUGGAGGAGGAGGCAAUCAAGGACCGCAGAGACAACCCGAUUUCCCCCUCAGAGUAUUGGUGGCUAGCGAAAUGGUGGGAGCCAUCAUCGGACGACAGGGAGGAACCAUCCGACAAAUCACGCAACAAACCAGAGCUCGGGUGGAUGUUCAUCGGAAGGAGAAUGUCGGCUCCUUGGAAAAAGCCAUUACCAUUUACGGCAAUCCGGAGAACUGCACCAACGCCUGCCGUCGUGUUCUGGAAGUGAUGCAACAGGAAGCAGAUAACACCAACAAGGGGGAAAUUUCACUAAAGAUUCUGGCGCACAAUAAUCUGAUCGGACGAAUCAUUGGCAAAGGGGGCAGCACAAUCAAGCGGGUCAUGCUCGAAACGGAAACCAAAAUCACCGUCUCCAGUUUAAAUGACGUGAGCAGUUUCAACAUGGAGCGAGUGAUAACCAUCAAGGGAACCAUCGACAACAUGUCACGAGCCGAGGGGAUGAUUAGUGCCAAGUUACGCCAAAGUUACGAAAGCGAUUUGCAGGCCAUGGCUCCUCAAAGUAUGAUGUUUCCCGGUCUGCAUCCGAUGGCCAUGAUGUCGACGGUGGGAAUGGGAUUCUCACCCUCAGUCAGGGGUACGCCACCCGCCGCCGCUCCCGGGAUGUAUCCACCUGGCGCGGCGCCCUAUGCGCAGGCAGGGCCAGCUGGGGUAGGCGUCGGCGGAGGAGGAGGUGUCUAUCCGCCGGGCAUGGUCCCGCCUACUGGUUCUCAACAGGAGACGAGUUUCCUGUACAUCCCCAAUAGUGCAGUGGGUGCUAUCAUCGGGACGCGCGGCUCCCACAUUCGGAACAUUAUUCGUUUUUCCGGUGCUUCGGUGAAAAUCACUUCGCUGCCCGAAGGGACAACGGCCGAACCGCAAGCCGAAAGGAAAGUGACGAUCGUCGGGACGCCGGAGGCCCAGUGGAAGGCCCAGUACCUCAUUUUCGAGAAGAUGCGCGAGGAAGGGUUCAUGCCGGCCGGCGAGGACGUCCGGUUGACGGUCGAGCUCCUGGUGGCGUCGAACCAGGUGGGCCGCAUCAUCGGCAAGGGCGGGCAGAACGUGCGCGAGAUGCAGCGGACGACGUCGUCGGUCAUCAAAUUGCCGGAGCAAGGCGCUUCCACCGGCGAGGAGACGACCGUCCACAUCAUCGGCAACUUUUUUGCCGUCCAAUCGGCUCAGCGGCGCAUCAGGGCCAUGAUGAGCCAGCAGCAGCCGCCGCUCCAGCAAGGUGCUCCCAUGACCAUGGUCUCCGGUGCCGGCCAACGAAUGAGGACAUCAGGUGGAGGUAGUAGUGGUGGAGUCAGUGGUGGUGCACAGGGCCGCGGCCGGGAGCAGUAGUCGACCGUGUGACUCUUCUCUUUGGAUUCAAAAAUUGGAAGAUACAAAGGAAAAAAACAAACGACCGGCUCCAAGUUCCACCUGUGCUUCUCUCCGUGUGCCUUUCUCUCCAUCUCUCUCUCUCUCUACCCCCGGCUCUAUUUCGCUUCCUUUGUCCGGCCCUCGUUCGUGUGUGUGGUUGUGUGUGUGUGUCUCUCACAAAGGCCGUCGAAUUUUAAAAGCCCCAGCCAACACACGAAAAGUGAAAUAACAGAAGAAGAAAAAAAGAGACGAAGAUAUGGACAUGUGGAAGAAGAACUCGGAAUUGGACCGACGUUGGGUUUCAUUGCCUUGGCGCCAACCAAUCUCCAAUUAACCCCCCCAUACCCCCCUAGUCACGUUUUGCCUUGCAUCAGUCCCCCCUAUACUUUGCGCGGAACGUGAAGAAGAAAGAAGAAGAAGAAGAAAAGAGAUGGAUGACGAAAAGAAGUUGUUGAGGCUUCGUCUUUUUUAUUUUUUAUUUUUUUAAAAUUCAGUUUGCUGGACGUAGUGUUCAUUUUGGAUUUGAUUGACAAGCGAGUCGAUACGUAAAAUAUAUAAAACAAGACCGGGAAUAAUAAGGAAAUGAAGAAACACCGAAAACCGAUCCUGGGGAAAAACCGACAUUUUUUUAUGGGUCGGACUCGCUCGCCGAUUGGCCGACGAUCCAGCAUCUGUCAACAAUUUGUUCAGGGAUUUUUAUAUAUUUUAGCGAGAAGAAUUAAAGCGAUGUUGGGCCCUGUUGCUUGGAUAUUUUCAAAGAAAAAUACGUGAAACAAACAUUUACAAAAAUUAAAGGACCUGCAUCGAAAAACCGUUGUGUGUGUGUGCGUGUGUGAGCCAAGUUGGUUGGCUUCUCUAUCUCUUUGUGUGUGUCAGUGUGUGUGUGCCUGCCGUCUGCGCUCGACGAAGACUUUCGAGUCUUUUCGAACUCUUUUAUACAUACGAGUGUGUCUAGACAUACGUGCUGUUCUUCUUAUAUUUUUGGUUUUUUUUUUGUCUUCUUCAUGGUGCGCGUUCAUGUUUUGUUAGACUGGAGGGACUAAAUUUCUAACGUGUCUUUUGUUUUAUUUCUCUUUCUCUCUCUGUGCGUUUUGGUUUUUUAUUUUAUUGUUUUUUAAUUUCAAAUGUGAGUGGGGCGCGCGGGCGUUUUCAGUACAAAAUGGCCACACUUUGUGUGCGUUUCUCUAUUUCUUCUCCUCUUUUGAUGUUGGCAAGUUUUCUUGGCGAAAAAUCGGGACGAGCCCUAGUUACGCAUGCACAUCCGGACGAAAUCGGAUUCCGCUCAACUGCGUCUGCGUCUCAGGGAUGUCUCCAUUUUCCCUCCUUUUUUAUUUGAAUUUUCAAUCUUUUUCUUUUUAAACCAAAUUUUGUCUUUUAUUUGAUCACUUUUGAUUGGUUCAUUAUAAUGGCCCCUUCUGAUUUGUUUCCCCUUUUUCUCUUAUUAUAUUUCAUAGUUCAAAAUCUUCUGAAAUGUGAAAUGUAAAACAUUUGAUUAAUUUUUGAUUAUUAAUUUCCCCAACUUGUUGGUCAUCUGUGUUUAUGUCGUCGCGCUGCGCCAAAUACGUCACCCUAUUCUCCUUCUAGCUGUCUCUAUUCUCCCACAAAAAGUAAUUGUUUUCUUUUGUCAAGAGUUAUCAAGAACUAUUUUUGAUAUCGAAAUGUUCAGUGGUAUUGAGGACAAAAUCAGAGAUGACUUGUUGUUGCACCGUGAAGAGACCGGAUUCAUCUUGGGGGACCACUUACCUUUGGGUUUCCUUAUGUUUUUUUUGAAAAAAUUGAAACAUCUGCUGUCAGUAAGUUUUCAUGAUGAAAACAUUUCCGAUCCGACCCACCACCACCGCGCAUUUUCUCCACGUUUGGCCUACACACCAAACAGCAAAAACAAAUACCGAGAAUAUCACACCGAGGGUCCGCCUUUUUUAAUUUUUGUUAUCAUCAUCUUUUUCUUUUCCCCCCCGAAAUUCGAAUUUGUUUGUUUUCUAAUAAUUCCUGGUAGUGAAAUCAGCCAGUCCACCCAUUGGUUUUUCUAUACGACAUUUAUUUCCAGCCUCUUUUACCUUGACUUGUAGCGCAUUUCUUCGCAGAACUUUUUGGAUCGAGAAAAGCUUUGAACUCGUUUACAUCCGCCUGCCUCUUGCCGCCCAGGAUUUUUUCGACAAAUUCCUCCAUCCACACCGAAAUCCGAAAAAAGAAUUGAAAAAUCUGAAUCGCAACCGACGCAGUGCACCCGCCCCGAACUUUGAAAUUGACUUGAGAAAUUCGGAAUUGAAAGAAAAGAAAACAAAAGAAAACAUUUUGGCUUGGAACUAUACUUGCCUGUUGCCUCCCUACACCUCCUCCCCCCCUCCACACACAGCACACACACACAAGACGGGAAAAAUAUCUGACAUUUUAUUUGAUUUCAUUUGAUAAAAGAGAGAUGGAUCUGUCCGACUGCCUGCCCGGCUCUUCCUCUUGCCGAUCGGUGUGCACAUGUGGAAACUUCGUCGACUAGAAAAAAAAAAAAAAAAAAUGGAAAAAUGAAAAAGAAGAAGGAAGAUGACGUCAACUACCUCAUUCAGCAACUGUCGGUGGCUGACCUACGGAUAAUUGUUGAAUUGUAUUUGUAUUGAACCUCCUCUGUCUGUCCCCCCCCCCCUCUCUCUUUACUUUUCAUCGGAUAUGUUUGUUACACACACUUUCCUGUACGCUUGUCUACACCCAACAACUCCUACUACUCUCCCCCCACCCCGAUAAAGUCUAGACUCUUACCAACGAUGAAAGGUCAGGAUCCCAGUGACUACGCAGACCUCCUACACUUUAUAAUUGCCCUACAUUUUUCAAAAAACUCGCGACGACAACGAGACAUUUCUUUGAUUAUUUUUCCCCCUUCACAGAAAUCCAAGCACUGCCGAUGAUUCCCAAUGUCCUUCUGUUUUGCAUUUCAUCGGAAACUUUUGAAGAAGAAAAAAGAAAAAGUGAAUUGCAUUUACUUUUUUGUAAAUCUCCUCCGCCAGAAAGAAAAUCCACACCGCCCGCGCUGGUUUAACUUACAAAAAAUGUCGAAUCAAAUCAUCCCGUCAGAUGGAGUAAGGGUUAACAACUUAUUUUUUCAUCAGGAUAGCAAAUUUAGAAUUUUUUGAUUGGCAUAACACUUUAUUUGGAGGGGAGAAAAAUAUCGAAAAAUAAUUUUGCGUCCCUCCGUUGAAUUUCGUUCCCCCCAAUAACUGCGCAUAAUGGUCAUUCCCUCAACCCCGUAGCUUUUUUCUAGUUUGCUUUGAAGAAGAAAUUACAAAAAUUAUUGAAAAAAAAAAAAUGAAGAAUAAGAAACGCUAGCUGACAUAGAGCCCGGAACCACACCAAUCGGCAGACAGCGAAAACGCAAAACUUUUUUAGUGAAUUUUAUUUUUAUUUUAUUGUAGCGUGUAUUUAUUUCGAAUAAUUAUUUCGAUUCCCAUCAUUUUGUUUUUGUAAAAUCUGAUCAGUUUUCGUUUUUUUCUGUUUGUUACCGAACGAAAGAAACCAAACAAAGCAAAACAAAAACUUGAAAAAGAUCCAAUAUUUUUUUGUUUUGUUGUCAGAAAUUGCAAACAAAAGAAAAAAUUUACAAAAUCCCGAAAAUAGUUUCAAAUUAAUCGCAAUUGGUUGGUUAACCUCCGUUUAAAAAAGAAUUGUCUCUAUGUAAUUGGCUCCCCCCGUAUCUAACUCGUCUUUGUCGCUUCGUGAAAAAAAAAUCCUGCAUUUCUGUUUUUGUUUUCCUUUUAAUUUUCCAUAGGCUUUUUUUUUUUCAUUUUUCAUCCCGCAGCAGUGAAAAAAGAAUUGCCCCCUCCCAUUUUUGUCUUCGUAAUAAUAAUCCGUCACAAUAGCUCGACCCCGCCCCCCCCCCCUCCCGUAAUCAGCAUUUGAAUUCUUUCGUUUUCUAGCGCGCUUUGUCGUCUCUCGUUUCGUCUCGUCUUUGAUCGAAUUUGAAAACAAAAAAUUUUACAAAAAUCCUCUCCCCCCUCCACAGCGUGUUAGGGCAGCCCGCCAUCUUUCCUUUCAUCGUCCCCCCUCCCGAAAUUAUCUCUGGCCGUCUAAACGCCUCUCUCUCUCUCUCUCUAUUUUUACGUCCAAAUUUUGUGUGCAAUGCGUCGUCAUGGUAAAAAAAAAAUAAGUUUUUUUUUAUUCAAUUAGCAAAGAGAGAAAGAAAUUCAAACCGUUUUCGAAUCGUGUCGAGCGUCGGAUGUGCUCCCCGUCGUUCCUCAUUUCGGACUCAGCCUCACACAACAAAACUCUCCGCAAAAAACUCCAAUCAAACGGUAAACAAAGAAACACCUCCUCGAUUUUUCAGAACAGAACUACCUCAACGUUCCACCAAUUUCAACCCCCGCAACCCUCCCCUCGGAUGCUCCCGUCAAUGCAAAUUAUUAUUUUUUUUUUACCGCUCACGGUUUUUUGGUUGCAUCACAAUGAUGCAACAAACCGCCACUCAUGAUAUAUCCUAAACCGGUCUGAUGGACUCAGGUCGAAGGCGAUGGCGCUAUUUCGUAGUAGGGUAAAGAAAAAGACACGAAAUUGUUGUUGUUUAUUUUGUGGCGAACAAGUUGGAAGUUUGGAAGGCGAAUUCACUUUCGAUGUACCUGACGUUGGCAAAUAUUCGCCAUUCGCCCUGCUUCUUCUGCUUUUCAUCAGGCCGGUCCUCCGAUUCACAUCCCCUGGUCCAAACUCUCCGCAAACUUUCUCUGCUAUGUUCCACACUGUAAAACCGGAAGAAGAAGAAGAUGAAGAUGAAGAAGAAACAGCAAAAUACAGCAGCAUUUUGUUUUGUUUUUAAACAUACAGACCAUUUGACGGUGUACAGUAAACGAUGUUAAAGCGACAAAUGAAACGUGAAGCAAAUCACACAAAUGAUUCUUUUUGGUUAUUUUUUUAUUAUUAUUAUUAUCACUUAGGCUCCACCCCUUUACCAUCGUCUCACCCCAUUCGUGUUACACAACCCUAAUACUACACCUUUUCCCCCCUUUAUUGGCACACUUUGAUCGUCUAUUAGCCAUGCUAGACUACAACUACCUAUCACAAAGCUACCCGUUUUUUUAAAAACUAGAAUUACAUUUAAUUUCUUUGUUUUUUUUACCUGUUCCAUUUUGAAAAGAAAAAAAAAAAUAACAUAUUUUUUUUUCCUUCGUGCUUUUCUUUCUUAUUCACUUUGAUUUCUAUAUUGAACACUUUUUAUUUGUUUUUAAAAAUUGGAUUUGGCAUUUGUCCCUCCACCACCUCCCCACCUAGCUCUUAAUUAUUUUGUCGUCUCCCCUAAAAUACCUUUAAAAAAAAACCAUUAAACACAAAAAAGAAGAAGAAAGUCUGUGGUAGCAGUCGAAGAAUAUCCCCCAACCUUAUUCCUUCCCUUAUACACAACAAACCAACAAAUAAAAAUGAAAGACCCAAACGAUUUUUUUUCCAUCAAGUGACGGCCCCCAACCGUUCACCGCGAAGGAUGUAAAAGUCCGAAACCCCCCCGAAACCCCAUCAAACAGAAUAAACACCCAAAAAAAAAACGAAACAAAAAA